GAUAAAGAAAAACGGUGGGUGGGCCAAGAAACGAUGCACUGUUUAUCGAACUCGAAACUUCUGGCAAUGCGUGGCGGAAGUGGUGUACCCGCACACACACACGCACAGAAGAUUGUUGAAAAAAAGGUGGUUCUACUCGCCGCCAGCCGGUCGGGUUCCGGUUACCCCAAGAAGACUUCUCUUGCCUAGCAAACAAGAAGAAGCCUCGAAAAAGGGGGGGGUAAUAGUGCAGUAUACAUCGCCCCGGUGGUCUUGUCUUCAUGGCUUGCCACCUGCUGCGAAAAAUCGGACGGUUUGCGGAGGAGGUCAAUCAGUUCAAAUAUUAAUAUCUUCUGGAUUUUUUCUGUUGUGUCUCUCUCUGGGUAGCUUUUAUAUAUAAUCGGUGACCGAAGAGGAAAGGCGCCCGCGUCACUUGGACUAGCUAGUACGGAUUUCAGACGGUACUACUUGUACCGAGGAGGAGAGAUCGUAAGUAUUUUUUCAUGAAAUACAACUCUGAUCUGUUGAUUUUCAAAAGUGUAAUAAUUAAUGCUUUGGUUGGACGUGUGCCCGCAAACCCGAGAUGCCACGAAUUUGUUUGAUGGCAUUUGUUUCCCUACUGUUUGUCCGGCGAGUUCGGCAUAUAUAUGUACGUACUGUAGUAGUACCCGUCGUGCUCGGAGAGACUUUGAUUUAUCGAGCGUGCCUGCCGGGGUCAGUCAGUAGAACUCUCGACCCAUUGAGUUGCGUACUCGUUUACUUGGCGUUUUUGGCGCGAGAAGGAGAACGACAACUAACUUCGCAAAAUCCACCCUGAUACUGCUGUAUGUUGACGCAAGAAUGGACCUGACCUGACCCUCUCAGUUGUUACCACGUGGUGGGUUGACAUCGCCGCCAAAACAAAAAGAAAAACACAAGCGCGGGUCGGUGUGUGCGUCUAUUGUAUGUAGUGUGUACAAUGUAUGCGUUCGAUAUUGUUUUCUUUUCCACCUCAUCCCUUCCAGCGUGGCGUCGUAUCAACACCACCACCGACGCCCCGAACCCCCUCUUUCACAACCACCCCUCGAGAUUGCGCAACCACCCCCAAACACCGGCAAGAUCACAUGGACGGGGUGUUGUGUGCCCUGCUACUUGAGCAACGUCGAAGAAAAUCUUUCGCUCACCGACCUUUGACCACAUAGAAAAAAACAAUGCAAUGCAAUGUGAGAACAGCUACAUCAUACUACGUCGUCGCGAUGGCCUACCAGCUCCCGGGCAGGCGCGGUAGACAAAGAUUUGCUCACGUCGUCCAGAACAAGACGACAGCGGGAUUAGCAUAUCGCCUACUUUUUGUCCGGCUUGCCAGCCUGCUGCUCCGUGGCGAUGCACAUUCUACGAGUGAGUUAGCCUUUUCGACCCCAACUCCGCGAACGGCAAAACAAGCUCCGAGCCACCAAGCGGAGCAACAUUAACACGACAACAUCAAGUAAGUACAUGACAGGCGAGACUGUAGUUGUUUUAUUGUUCCGAACCCCGAAAUUCCGGUACUCGGGCCAUUACUCCGGAGACCCUCGGAACCUGCUGUGUUUUUGCUGCUUGUUUUUUGUUUUUGUUUUGUUGUUGAGAUGAGACACAAGCGCGCCUUCGCCCCUUGUGCUCACUCUCAUCUAGCACCCAUCAAAGCCUGACCAGGGAGUCAGUUGAUAAGAACAUCUAUCUGCAUUUCUCUUUCCAAAGCUCGCUCGGGCCUACCGAUUUCACAGCAGUGUAGACCAACCUCUGUGAUAGAGCGGUGACAGCAGUGUAACCUCUGUGGUAGACUACAAAGUCUACGAGCUACAGCGGCACCGCCACCUCCGCUGCUGCAAGACGCCACAUUCUGUGACUCACGUCGUCCAGAACAAGACGACAGCGGGAUUAGCAUAUCGCCUACUUUUUGUCCGGCUUGCCAGCCUGCUGCUCCGUGGCGAUGCACAUUCUACGAGUGAGUUAGCCUUUUCGACCCCAACUCCGCGAACGGCAAAACAAGCUCCGAGCCACCAAGCGGAGCAACAUUAACACGACAACAUCAAGUAAGUACAUGACAGGAGGGGGUAAACACCAGGACGUUUUUCUUCUUUUUAUUUCUUUCAUGCCCCACCUUCCUCCUGCGGUGCGUGCUGAAUUUUAUUUUUAUCGCGAGAAGGGUCCAGCCGUCCCUUUCCCUCGUCAACGGUGCUAACGUCGAAGUUUGAUACUCACGAGAGCUUGUCAGGUAUAUGUCGCUUUCACCCGCACAUUUCGUAAUUUUUUCACCCCAUGGGGAUUC